AUGCAUGUCGUAAUAGUAGGCACCGGCCCCUCGGGCCUCAUCCUCGCCCUCCUCCUCUCGCGGGCAAACAUCCGCGUAACCCUCCUCGACGGCGCCUCCACGCUCGACGACCGCCCGCGCGCCGCCCACUACGCACCCUCCGCCAUCCGCGUCCUGCGCGACGCAGGCGUGCUCGACGAUGUCCGCUCCAAGGGCUUCAUCCCCGGCGCCAUGAUGUGGCGGAAGAUCGACGGGUCCCCUAUAGCAGGUCUCAAAGACACGCCGGAAUCGCGCGGAGAGGAUGGAUUGACGGUUUUACCGCUGAAUAUGUUGGGGAAGGUGUUACUAAGUCAUGCGGAGAGGGAGGGGAAUAUUAGUGUGAAGUGGGAGCAUAAAGUGGUGGAUGUAGGACAGGAUGAGGGUGGUGCGUGGGCGGUUGUGGAGAUGAGGGAUGGGAGCGAGGUGAGGGUUACGGGGGAUUAUUUGGUCGGGUGUGAUGGAGCGAAUAGUCGGGUUCGGAAGGCGCUUUUUGGGGAUGUGUUUGAGGGGAAGACGUGGGAUGCGCAGAUUGUUGCUACGAAUGUAUACUACCCCCUUCACGAUUUCGGGUUCACUGAUAUCAAUAACAUCAUCCAUCAUGAAGACUACUACAUGGCAGCCAUCAUAAGCAAAGACGGCAUGUGGCGCGUCUCCUACGGCGAAGACCCGAAACUGAGCUACGAAGAAGUGCUCGCGAACCAACCCGCGAAAUACGAGCGCAUGCUCCCCGGGAACCCGAAACCAGGCGAUUAUAAACUCACAAACGUCGGCCCCUACCGCAUCCACCAGCGUUGCGCAGAGUCUUUUCGCGUAGGUAAAAUCACCUUGGCAGCCGACGCAGCGCAUCUCGUGAACCCCUUCGGCGGCAUGGGGUUAACGGGUGGGAUUGUAGAUGUAGGUGGGUUGGCGGAGUGUUUGAUAGGUAUUGAGAAGGGAGUUGCGGAUGAGGAUAUACUGGAUAAGUAUAGUGAGAAGCGGAUGGAGAAGUGGAGGGAGUAUAUCAAUCCGAUCUCGAGUGAUAACUUUUUGAGGGUUUCGGCGACGGAUCCUGAGGAUCCGUUUACGACGGAUGAGUUUUUGAAGUUUUGUAGGGAGAUGGAGGAGGAUGGGACGGGGAAGAUGAAGAGGGAUUUUGACGCAUCUGUUUAUGAUAUUUGCCAUGACUUUACGCAGUACUAUCGAGAUGCUCCGGUUAGCAAGACGCCGGCAACCGCUGUAAUGAAUGGAACGACUGCGGUGAAUGGGGUUGAGGGUCAUGCAAGUAAUGGUAUCAAGGUAUAA